AUUACGAGUACGUUAAGACUUGAAGAUACCGUUAACUUUGUCCAAAAACCUUCAAACGCAACAAAGAGUCAUGAACUCAAAGAGUGUCCAGGAGAGGAGGUUUGCAAAGAGGUUGCCUGCAGAGGCAAGCGGUGUAGUGACAGGAGCGCCCUCAAAUGAGUGGAACACUGUUUUUUUCAAUACGCAGAGGCAACGCCUGGAACAGGGAGAGCUUAACGCAAAGUAUGAGGAGCGCAAACUGGAACUGGAAAGUUUGCAACAGCGCACAGAUGAGUUGAACGAGGAGAUCGAAAAAGUCAAGGUUUCAAAUGUCAGCUUUGAUGUGUAUCUCAAGACUCAAGAUGCUAAUCAAGCUGCUGAGACAGCAGAGAGGGAGAGGAAAGAGGUGCUUCAACUGGAGGCAGACAUAGAGAGGCUGAAGGUGGAGUCUGCUAAACUGAUGGAGAGGAAACAGGAGCAACAGCAUCAGGUGCAAAGACAGUCUUUCUAUCAAGACUGCAUGGAACAGGUGCAAAAAAUUACAACCUUCGAUAAUGUGCAGUCACUCGCGAAGCAUUUGGACGGUCUUUUCCAUUUGAGAGACCAUUAUGUUAACACAAUGGGUAAGGGUCAGGAUGCGGUACACGAGCAGGCAAACGAUCUGCGGAAGCUGCAGAACGAACAUGAAGUCCUGUCUGUGCAAACUGACACCCAGAUGAUGCAGCUCAAGAACGAGUUGAAGAAGGCGCGCCUUCAAGCAAGGAAAUGGGAUAAGAGGUGUAAUGCCAUUAAGAGAUCAGCGAAAAAGAACAAAGUCGAAAUGGUAGAGAUAAAGAUGUCAACGCUCAACCUAUAUGAAAUGAUAGAUGGAGAGGAAGCUGUUGAUAACAAUGACACAGUGAAACAGCUGGACAAGAUCGCAAUGUUCAUCAUGGACCAAAAGGACAUAUUGGAACAAUAUGCUAACUCGGAGGCAGGUCAGAAACGCAGCCGGUUAGCGUCUUUGUCAAAAAACAACAUCGACAUAUAAAAAAAAUACUAGUUCUGGCCAGAUCUUUACGUAAGGGUUUACUCCUGGUGCUCCAGUUUCCUCCCACAAACUUGUAAUAAUAAGGGACCGCCCUGUCCUGCCACCUCACUACUUCCCUACCGUACUCUCUCCAACAUCCCCCUUUGCUUUCCCUCUUUUCUUAUGUCCUUUCAUUUAAAUAUAUUUAAUAAAUAAGAUUAAAAAAACAAAA